UCUCCCUCCCCCCUUUCUCUCCCUCUCCUCCUUUCCCCUUCUCUCCCUGCCGUUGAUCUGACUCAUCUGAUCAUAUCAUCUGAUCUCAGCUGUCCCACAAGAAAUUACAAUCCCUGUGUGUGUGUGUAGAAAUGGCAACUGCAGUCCUCCCUUCUCAGGACUAUCUGAAAUUCCGUUCCACUCCCAAAGUCGGCCGAAACGCUAUACCAAGCCCGACACGAACCGUCCGUAGAAAACGCCGUUACCCCGCUGUUAAAGAUAACGGUGAUACAAGCCCUCCCGUUGUGAAAUUCCCGUCAAGAAGUCUCGUCAUGGAGAAAGUCACGAUACUGAAGCGCGGCGAGGAUCUGAAAUCCUCGCCGUUUAGGGAGCAGCGAUCGGACGGUGGUGACGCUAUGAAGGCUGCGGGGAGGAACGAAGACGAAGAUUCGAUGCUGUGCUCGACGGAUCGGCUGGGGCCGGAGCCGGAGAUGGUGCCGACGCAGGUCCGGCUCACCGUCCGGGAUUCCAGCGGCUGCGGCGACAGUCUCUACGCCGGCGCGGCGUUCUUUUCGUCGCCGUCGCCGAGCUCGCUGCCGCUCCCGGCUUUCUUCUCGAGGAAGAACAAUGACGUGGCAACGAAAGAUCUGCGACGUCUGUUACGGCUCGAGCUGUGAGAAAUAUUCUCCUCCAGUUGUUAGAUCUCUCCUUUAUUUUUUCAACAGGAAGGGAUCUGGAUCGGAGAAGGAAGCUCAAGCGAUCGAGGUGUAUGGAUGUUAUGUAGGACCUGAUCUGUCUUUGCUACUAGGAAGAAGUGAAAAUUUAGAUAUUAGGGUAGGGUUUCAUGUGGUUGUAUAUAGGUUUUAUCUUAGAUACUCCUGCUUGACGAAGAUGCCCUGUAGAGACUGUUAUUUGUUAUAAUCGGUCUUUUGUGUUUGGGGGAAUUUUAGGGUUUUAUAGAUUGGUAGGGAUUGCAAUUAUCUUUUCAUUUGGUUGUUCCUAACAUUAGCUGUAAUUGCAAACUAGUUUCUUGUACAAGUGUUACGAUUGAAAUGGGAGUCUCUUUUCGGUUAA